AUGAUUGCUCAUUCUUACUCCACUAGUUCAUGCCUCAGCAUCAAACGUGUAUUAUCAAAAUAUAUUAGCCUAUCAGAGUUAAAUUACCCGCCUUUGGCAUCAAACAAUUCAUUGCAGUUACCCGCCUUUGGCAACAACAAUACUCUUGGGACUAAUGCUCUCGAUGAUGAACCUAUCAUUCACCAACCUCCUAUUCAGAAUCUGCCGACCAGGGAGAAAAGCAAGGUAGCCCGCGAUCCCAACUGUGUAGCCUCCCCUCACUUUCUCGGCCACGAAACCCUUGACCUUGGCGUUGGCCUUCCACAGCUUCUUCAGCUCCAUCCACGCCCGGUGCUUCCUGAACCUACGCGGCAGGAGGAGCGGCUGCUCGUCGCCGCCACCGCCGCCGCCGUUCUGACCGACGAUGUCGUCGAACCGGGCGGCGGCCUGCUGCUUGGUCCGCGAGUCGCCGGUAACCAGAUCGACGAAGCAGCGCUGCAGGAUGGCGUUCUUCACCGGCAGAUCGGCCCGACCUGGCUGGGGAAGGUGGCCGGGCCGUCGGAUAUAGGGGCCCGUACGAGCUCGUUCUGCGUGGCGAUCCUCGGGCGGCCGACGCCGGCGUCCAGGAGGUACAUAUCCUCCCUGAGGCGCACGACUUUGGCCUCCAAUGCGGUCCCACUGCGCAGGAAGAAGCUCGAGUUGGACCUCGGGAAGAGGCGGCUCAUGUACACGCUCAUCGCGUUCGAUCAGUUGGAUUGUUUUUGUUUGAUCUCCCAAAAUCAAUUAAGGGCUUUUGGCGAGAUUUCUAGUUGUUUUCAUCACUUGUUCCCAUUUUCUUUUUCUUCUCCUUCUCCUUCUCCUUCUUCUCCUUCUUCUCCUUCUUCUCCUUCUUCUCCUUCUUCUCCUUCUUCUUCUUCUUCUCCUUCUUCUUCUUCUUCUUCUUCUUCUUCUUCUUCUUCUGCUUCUUCUCUUUCUUCUUCUUCUUCUUCUUCUUCUUCUUCUUCUUCUUCUUCUGCUUCUUCUCUUUCUUCUUCUUCUUCUAAUUCUUCUUCUUCUUCUUCUUCUUCUUCUUCUUCUUCUUCUUCUCCUUCUUCUUCUACUUCUUCUUCUUCUUCUUUCUGGUGCAUUACUGGCGUAAAUGAACUAUGCUAG